AGACGGAAAAGGCUUUCUACCUUUCGUCUCGAUUACGCACUCUGAGGAGAGCCGACGCAGUUAACAAGCAUUUCCCCUGCGUUGUGUUGCAUCAUUUGGUUUAACUUUUCAAGUUUGUGCUACCGCCUUUUCAUAACUUCUCGGGUAAAGCGCAUAAUUUGAAUUCUUAAUUUGUGUUUUGCUGAAUUCAUCUAAUAUCAUGGACGCGGAAAUGGAGUUGGAAGCCUACUCCGAGCUGACACCAAUCCAGAAAUUUUUCUUUGGGAGAUCGGUUUUUAUAACAGGUGCUACUGGCCUUGUCGGAAAGGUACUGGUCGAGAAGCUUCUUCGAUGUUGCCCUGGGAUUGGAAACCUGUAUCUUCUUGUCAGACCCAAGAAAGGAAAAACAGCAGAGGAGCGAAUUGAUGAACUCUUCAAUGUUGAGCUAUUUUCGGUGCUGAAGAAAGUGUUCCCGAAGUUUCAAACGAAGGUACGUCUUGUUGAUGGGGAUCUGGAGAAAGACAGGUUGGGUAUCUCAGAUGAAGAUUUUGAAGAGAUUCGGGCAAAUGUUUCCGUAGCCUUUCACUCUGCAGCUCGUGUGCAAUUCAAAGAUCCUCUCAAGUUAGCGGUUCAAAGUAACAUGAUAGCAACUAAAAUGUUAGUGGAUUUGUGCCACCAGCUACCGCAUAUGGCAGCUGCAGUUCACGUGUCAACAUCUUACAUCAGAAGAGAACCCGAUGGAUAUGUAUUAGAACGAGUACCCGUCUGCAAAGUGCCUCCUAAGAAGAUUCUGGACGCCAUGGAAUGGAUGGACGAAGAUUGCAUAAAUGCUUUGACUGAUUAUUUGCUAGAAGGUAAAUUUACUACCUAUUUGGUGACCAAAGCUCUAGCUGAAAAAAUUGUCGAAGAAGACCGUGGAGAUCUACCGACUGCCAUUGUAAGACCAUGUAAUGUCAGUCCUACCUAUAAGGAUCCUUUUCCGGGCUGGGUGGAUUCUAUUCAAGGACUUUCAGGAUUAUUACUUGCUGGCGCUAAAGGAGUAUUGAGAACUCUUCCGACUGUAAAAGGACUGAAGAUAAAUGUAGUUCCCGUUGAUUUGGUCGCUAAUACUUUAAUAGCUAGUGCAUGGCACGUAGCAACAGAAAGACCACCGUAUGUAUACGUAGUGAACUGCGUUUUGGACUACCAUAAACUUCCAGUGGCUGAUGAAGAUAUUUUGGAUGUAGCUUUAAAGAAAAGAGAUGAAUAUCCUCUAGUCAGCAUAUAUCGUUAUCCGGAUUUUAAAAUGUACUACAGCUAUCUGCCGUACAAAAUACAUUCUAUAAUCGAUGAGUGGAUUCCGGCUAUCAUUCUUGAUUUCUUCCUUUACAUAUUUACAGGGAAGGUGAUAUUGACCAAAGUGUACCGAAAAGUCGGUUUCCUGUAUGGCAUCUUCUACAAACUAGGUCGUGUUCCUUGGAUUUGUAAACGAGAAAAUUAUCUUACUGUGGAGAAAAGACUUACGGGAAAGGAUACUGAGAUAUUUUUCUUAAACUUAGAUGAUUUGAACUGGAUAGAAUAUAUAGAUAACUGUCUCAAACAAGGUCGAAAAUUCAUAGCCCACGAAGAUCCUUCUAACAUCCCCUACGCUAAGAAGAAGGCGAAAGUAUGGUGGUUAGUAACUACUACUUUGAAGUGGUGCCUUAUACUAUACUUCUUUUAUUAUUUGUUCUGUCAAUUCUUCUUGAACAACUCAUACGUGAAAGAACGAAUGUAUACAAUUUCCCCAUGAUACAUCAAUAUUAGCAAAAUGGUGCUUAACACAAAACGCAUUAACUUAGUAUCCUCGCUCUAUUUAAGAACUUUUGAUACUUAAAACAUUUUGACUGAAAGCUUUAGAUUCUAUUAUUUUUAAUUAAUUAACAAUAUUUAUGCAAUUUUCAGUGAAGAUUCUACAUUACUUAUUAAAAAACUGCAGAUCGUUUUAUGAAAACGUACGUAACGACAUAAAUGAAGCUGGUUUCAAUUAAAGAACAUAAUCAUGUAACCGCGAGUAUUUCUUUCUGAGGAAGAAUUUUAAGCGAAUAAAAAUAAAAUUUUGUUAUGUAAUGACUAAAUUUUGAAAUAUAUGCUAUUUUUGCUUGAA